UCUCGAUGGGUCAUCAGUUUUGGGCUCCUCUUCUCUGUGUUUUGCUCUCUUUGGCAGCCAUUUUUGGAGAAAAGGAUGCUGAGAACACCCAUACCUACAUAGUCAGAGUCCAAAACGACUUAAAGCCCUCUGUUUUUCCCGAUGUCGAACAAUGGUAUAGUUCCACUCUUCGAAGCCUCAGUUCUAACCCUUUAGACUCCGAAGAACCAUUAACCAAGCAAACCAGAAAAGCUAAAGACUUCCUUCAUCUCUACAAGACUGUCUUUCAUGGAUUCUCUGCAAGACUCACCGCGCAACAAUCCCUAGAAUUGAAAAAUCGAACAGGAGUUCUCGCUGUUUUACCAGACCAACUUCGUCAAAUUCAGACGACUCGGUCACCUCAGUUCCUAGGACUCGCUUCAACGAACCCAACCGGCCUCUGGACGGAGUCCAACUCCGGUUCCAACGUCAUCAUCGGCAUCUUCGACACAGGUAUAUCUCCGGAACGUCGUAGUUUCCACGACGAAGGCCUCGGACCCGUCCCUCCCCACUGGAAAGGUGAAUGCGUAGAAGGCGAUAAAUUCACCAAAAAACAGUGCAACAAAAAAAUUAUCGGAGCUAGAUACUUCAAUGUCGGGUACGAAGUCGGGGCUGGCGAAUUGAAAAACACCACCGAUAUCAACUCCCCCAGAGACGCCGACGGCCACGGUACUCACACAGCGUCUACUGCCGCAGGAAGAGCAAUUAACAACGCCUCCCUCCUCGGCUUUGCUAAAGGCGUGGCCGUUGGAAUCGCUCCCAAAGCAAGAAUAGCGGUAUAUAAGAUUUGUUGGACAAAAGGGUGCAUGGACUCAGACAUACUCUCUGCCUUCGACAAAGCCGUCGAAGAUGGUGUUCAUAUCAUUUCCAUCUCCGUCGGCGGCGGUGCUGUACCUUACAACAUUGACCCAAUUGCCAUUGGAUCUUUUGGUGCGAUGGAGAAAGGAAUUCUUGUUUCAGCUUCCGCUGGUAAUGAAGGACCCAAUAAAAUGACUGUCACAAACGUAGCUCCAUGGAUCACCACCGUCGGUGCAAGCACAAUAGACCGCAGUUUUCCGGCAGAUCUCGUCCUUGAAGACGGUACCGUUAUCACCGGUGCGUCACUGUAUAAUGGUAAACCGCUACCGAAAAAGUCGUAUUUGCCCUUAAUAUACGCCGGGAAUGCCCCGGUGGAUAUCAAACGUGCAGGAAGUUUCUCUUCUGCCACUUGCAUGCCGGACUCGCUGGACAAAGAGCUCGUACGUGGCAAAAUUGUGGUCUGUGAUCGUGGUGGUGUUGCACGCGUCGCCAAGGGACAAACCGUGAAGGAAGCUGGUGGGGUAGGCGUCGUCAUUGCCAACGUGGCACCCAUCGGAGAAGGAUUAAUCGCCGACGCUCACUUGAUCCCUGGUAUAGCAAUUACCGAGUCCGCCGCUAGCCGGACCGCCAAUUAUCUGAACUCUUCGAAAAACCCUAGAGCCAGGAUGGUGUUUCGUGGCACUGAGGUUGGUGUUAAACCGGCACCUGUCGUCGCGUCUUUCUCAGCGAGAGGGCCCAGUAUUGAAUCAACAUAUAUCCUCAAACCCGAUGUGAUUGCGCCAGGUGUCAACAUCCUAGCGGCAUGGCCUGAUGAUGUAGCACCCACCGAACUAUCCUCAGACACGCGGCGCACAGAAUUUAAUAUAAUUUCCGGUACAUCAAUGUCUUGCCCACACGUGUCAGGUGUGGCUGCGCUACUCAAAGGGGCCCAUCCUGAAUGGUCUCCAGCGAUGAUUCGGUCAGCUCUGAUGACCACGGCGUACAUGCAAGACCGUGAAGGCAAGCAACUACUGGAUGAGAAAUCAAAUCACGUAUCAACGGUGUGGGACAUGGGUGCUGGACACGUGGACCCUGAACGAGCCGUAGAUCCUGGCUUGGUUUAUGAUCUGACAGUGAACGAUUACUUAAACUUUCUUUGUUCAUCUGAUUAUAGCCGUCAAGCUAUAACACAGAUAGCUCGCAAAACAGUAAGGUGUAAUCCGAUGCAGCGUAAACCGUGGAACUUCAACUACCCCGCAAUUACUAUUGCUUUCGAUAAAUCAGGAUCGUCCAAUUCGGAGGUAGUGGUCAGAAGAACUGUGACGCAUGUUAGUGAGGGUGCAUCAAGCUACACUGUAACGGUGACGAAUCCAAAGGGUGCAAUUGUGACCGUUGAUCCGGCGAAGAUAAACUUUAAGGGGAAGGGUGAGAAACAUAGUUACGUGGUUAGGAUUAAGGCUGAGAAGCAAACUGUGUUACCUGGGAAUGAAGUGACUGAACUGGGAAAGCUCGUAUGGACGGAUGGUGGGAAACACCAAGUUGUUUCACCUGUGGUGGUGGUGUGGAAAAACGAAGUGUAAAAAGGGUUUCAAUUUUCAGAUAACAUAUAGGUGCGAAGGUGUAUAGUUUUCUCUGUCAUCCAUAAGAUACAGAGAGACUUUCUU